CCCCGCCCCCCCUUCCCGGCAUGCUCCGGGGUGGGGCGGACUCUCUAGCCGCCGUCUCGGCAGGAGGAAGGGGCGGGGCGGGUUUGUUUGUUGUGGGGCCGCCUCCUGGUGGUUGUGACAGGGCCCGCGGCGGGGAAGCAGGCCACCUAAUAUCCCAUGGGAGCCAAUUAAGUGUCAAGCUGUAUCUGGUACAUUCAAGAAACACAGCAGAUAUGUCCCUCAAAAAUGUACUGUGAGACUUCAGAAGCAAAAAUGCUAGAAGACUAAGGUAUCAACUUACACACCAUCUCAGAAAUAGAGAACUCAAUGGAUCAUCUGAAAAAGCUUGCCAGAGAGCUGAUCAGCGUACUCCAAUAUUCUAAGAGGUUGUCCUCAUGAAUACUCUUGUGGAGGAUGUCCAUGAUCCUCUUUGCUUGUGUGGUGAGAGUGAGGGACGGACUUCCGCUUUCAGCCUCCACGGAUUUUCAUCUCAACCAGGACUUUCUGGAAUGCAGGAAGAGACUAAAGGCAUUAUCCUUAAUUCUGGCACAGUAUCCUGAUCGAGGCACAGCAACAGGACGUGGCUUCAGCAUACAUUUUCAUUCUUCUGGGGACAUCGCUUGCAUGGGGAUCUGCACCAGCAGUUGCCCAACCGUCAUGGCAUUUUGUUUCCUGGAGGAGCUCCAAUGGAAAUUUUCUGCUUCAUAUGACUCUACGAGCAUAAGCUUGGCUACCAGACCCUAUGCUUUUCUUGAAUUUGAUAAUAUUAUUCAGAAAGUGAAAUACCAUUUCAACUACACAAGUUGCUCUCAAAUGAAGAACAGGCUGGAGAAAAUUCAGGAAGAGCUGAAGUUCCAUCCUCCUGUGCUUCUGAAACUAGAGGAUAUAGAGGUGAUGAACGGGAUGAUUAAUGGGUACACAGAAGUGCACAUGGGGUCUGCCCCUAUCUACAGAAUGCAACCUGUGACUCCUUUGGGGAUUCUGUCCCUUGUUCUCAACAUCAUGUGCGGGGCAUUGAACCUCAUUCGAGGAGUUCAUCUAGCGGAGUAUUCUUUUCAGGAAGACUACGAGGGAAUUGGAAAUGUAAUAGCAUUUCUCCUUUCUUUUCUAGCCUGCAUUUUUCAGUGUUAUUUGUACUUGUUCCACGGUUCAUCAAGGAAGAUGAAGGCGUUUGUAUUGUUUUUCUCCAUUUGUCUAUGCAACAUUUACUUGUAUGGAUUAAGGAACAUCUGGCAAAUACUCUUUCACAUAGGAGUGGCUUCUCUUUCUUCAUAUCAGAUACUGACAAGGCAACUGGUGGAGACACAGCCUGAUUUUGGAGUAUGAAAACACACGUGGGAUUCAUCACUCAUAUUUUAAAAACUCUUGUAUUUACUUACACUGGCCAAAAAUACUGUGGGGAAUAUUUAAAAAAUGCACAACAGCGGUUAUCACGAGGGAGAGAUCUUGAAACGAAACAACUCUAAAUAAACUGUGCUCUUAUAAUUAGUGUCAAAUAGACCUGCAGGGGAUUAGUGGUAGGUCAACUGUGCAUUGCAGACCAUUUGCAAGCAUUUGUAAUGGAGGUUCUCACUGCCGUUGAGACUCUUCAGUAUUCAAUCUUUUCAGUGUACUCCUUGACUAACACCAAACAGUCAAUCUCUCUUCAUUUGUCUCAUUUGCUUUGCCACAGUUCACUAUUUCACUGUGUUGCCCUGGGAGUUUGACAGAAAACAUUGAAAUUGUACGUUAAAAACAAGAUUAUUAUCCCCAAUUUGAAUCAGUGCUUAGUACUUUCAUCUAUAGAUCUCAAGUUGCUUGACAGAUGUAAGCUAAGGAGGCGUUUGCCAUAAUUAGUCCUUAAUUGGUGGGGAAAAAUGCUUUUAGUAGGAUUACCCUGAAGAUCCUACUAAGGUUAAAUAGAAUUAUAGGGGUCUGAAGAAAAGAAAAGGGCAGGGUCCCUUUUAAAAACCAUAAAGGAUGUAAAAUGUCUCUUGAGUAAACUGUACAUCUUAAUUGUUGGUAGGGUGUGAGCUCAUUGGGAAAUUAUCAGUAAGUUUGAAGCUGCAUAAACCAAACCAAGAAAACACACAACUGACCUUUCAGUCCAAGUGGCCUUUAUUUCCUUGUUGAAGGUCACAUUGUUUGAAAGGGUAAUAAUAUGUUUGGCUUAUACAGAUAAAUAAGGUUGGAAGAUGUAUUUUGUGACAACCCAAUAAGUUUUUUCCACCUUUCAAAAGAUACAUUAUUAGCGAUUAGAAAUUCAUUCCUCAUCCUGGAAAGCAAGAGCAGGUUCUCUUUAUUUUACAUUUAAGCUUUCAUGCGAAGGUUAAUUUAUGAGCAUGCACUUUUGAAUAUAGUCAUUAGGAGCUGAAUUUGUCCACCUCUGCUGCAGUGUCUAUUCUGGUAUUUAAUGUGCUGAAGUAUAUACUGACAUUUAAAAUGUAUAUGAACACCUUUUUUGAUACUUUUUUGGUAAGUUGUUUCUGUAUAAGAGUGUCUAAUAUUUUGAUGCAGCUGUCUUUUGGAGGGUUAGUGGAGAAUCAUGAAACUGAGAAAUUACAGGAAGCUUGUAGGUGUAAUAUUGUGGAGGUACCUUCUUAAUUUUUUCUCACUUAACCAUUUUAUGGUCGCCCCAUGUAUUAUGUAGAAUUUCAUCCCCUUGCUGAGGAAUUGUUUUUUCACUUAAUGUCUCUACCUUUCAUGGUUGCAAAGAGAUUAAAUUGAUGGAGAGGUUCCUUCCUGGCUCUGUAGGCAGCUUAAAUGUUACUCAGUAUUAUCUAUUUCACUACUGACUAUUAUAGCAGGAACAUCCAGCUAAUAUUUUAAACCACAGUCCCACACAUUGUGUGCUAAAAGCCCUAACAACUGACUGUCCAGCUGCCGAAACCUCCAGCUUCCUCUGACAACUUGUGCAAUGAAACUCUAUGCAGGCAAUGCAUAAAUCCAUACAUAAAGACUUAAGUGAUUGGAUAUUGCAUUGAUGUCUGCUGUUCUCAAUAGUACAGCCUUUACUGUACCUAGCUACAGUGAAAUAGAAGAAUCAUUUGCUGUGUUUUUGGGACAUGGAAAGGCACUGUGUUGUAAAGGAAACUGAGCUGAAAUUCCAGGGGUAAAUAAACUUUAAAAAGGGAAAAAUAGAUAAGAAGGAAAGGGAUAAAAUGAAACAUCAGAAACAGUGGUGGGGAGAAACCUAGAGACCAGUGGAAACUUUAGCUUGAUGGGAGAUAGUAAAUUGGAUGUGAAAUUGCAAGAUGAUAUGACAGCCAAAAAGGCCCUAUAAUUGUAGGCUGCAUGGGCCAUGUCUCAGAGCAGGGAAGGAUCAUAAUCCUUCAUACAGCUUGGAUGCAAGCAUUCAUGGAAUUAUUUCAUUCAGUUCCAGAUAUCCGUACCAAAGACAGACACUGAAGGGAGUCCACAGAGGACUGUCCAGGUAUUGAUAUUUGAAGAGAAAAGGGAAAGUCACUGCUUAGCAUAGUAACGAAAGGGGUCGACCUUUCUUGAUGUUUGUCCUUCAGAUAUUGGGUCAGAUGAGAAAGAAGUUGGGGCACAAGGAGGCAUAACUAAGGGUAAUAGAAUGAAACUGAGGAAAGGGAACAUUUAGGUUGACUUUAGCAAAGCUUUUGAUAUGGACUCCCACAGUAUUCUUGCCAGCAAGUUAAAGAAGUAUGGGCUGGAUGAGUGGACUAUAAGGUGGAUAGAAAGCUGGCUAGAUCGUCGGGCUCAAUGG